UUCCCUACAGAUGUCCCAGUGGAUCCUUGGCCUCCAGGACCCAUUAAGGUGAGAAUAAGAUCUUUGGCCGGUUGGAACUAGCCUAAAACCGCAAGGCAGCCAUGGAGACGGCGUAUGAGCUACUCAAUUGCAGCCAACCAUUGCUUUCCGCUCCAUUCGAACUCAACGGCUCAGUGGCAGUGGCCAACAUCUCAAACCAGACAGAGCCAUACUAUGACCUGACCAGCAAUGUGGUCCUCACGUUCAUCUAUUUUGUGGUCUGCAUCAUUGGGUUGUGCGGCAACACGCUUGUCAUUUAUGUCAUCCUCCGCUAUGCCAAGAUGAAGACCAUCACCAACAUUUACAUCCUCAACCUGGCCAUCGCAGACGAGCUCUUCAUGCUGGGUCUGCCCUUCUUGGCCAUGCAGGUGGCUCUGGUCCACUGGCCCUUUGGCAAGGCCAUUUGCCGGGUGGUCAUGACUGUGGAUGGCAUCAAUCAGUUUACCAGCAUUUUCUGCUUGACAGUCAUGAGCAUUGACAGAUACCUGGCUGUGGUCCACCCCAUCAAGUCGGCCAAGUGGAGGAGACCCUGGACAGCCAAGAUGAUCAACGUGGCUGUGUGGGGAGUCUCUCUGCUGGUCAUCUUGCCUAUCAUGAUCUAUGCGGGGCUUCGCAGCAACCAGUGGGGCAGAAGCAGCUGCACCAUUAACUGGCCGGGUGAAUCUGGGGCAUGGUACACAGGCUUCAUCAUCUACGCCUUCAUCUUGGGGUUCCUGGUGCCCCUCACCAUCAUUUGUCUCUGCUACCUGUUCAUUAUCAUCAAGGUGAAGUCCUCUGGAAUCCGAGUGGGUUCCUCCAAGAGGAAAAAGUCAGAGAAGAAGGUCACCCGGAUGGUGUCCAUAGUGGUGGCCGUCUUCAUUUUCUGCUGGCUCCCUUUCUACAUAUUCAAUGUCUCCUCGGUCUCUGUGGCCAUCAAUCCCACUCCAGCCCUCAAAGGCAUGUUCGACUUUGUUGUGAUCCUCACCUACGCUAACAGCUGUGCCAAUCCCAUCCUGUAUGCCUUUCUGUCCGACAACUUCAAGAAGAGCUUCCAGAAUGUCCUCUGCUUGGUCAAGGUGAGCGGCACAGAUGAUGGGGAACGGAGUGACAGUAAGCAGGACAAAUCCCGACUGAACGAGACCACAGAGACCCAGAGAACCCUCCUCAAUGGAGACCUCCAGACCAGUAUCUGAACUGCCUGAAAUAUAUCGCCAAGCUCUGCC